AUGGGUUUCAAUCCUUUUACUCAAGAAUUUUACAUCCGUCAUAUCAACGGCAACGAGAUUACCACUUCCCUCGCGAAAGUCGAUUUCUACAUGCAGGACAACGCCAAACAAUGCAUCAGUUUCGGCGCUCAACUUGGGGCAUCUCUUAUGAUGCUGAUUGUAUUGUUUCUGCUCACGCCGCCGGAUAAAAGGCGGUCACCUGUCUUCUGGUUGAAUUCCGCAGCCUUGCUACUUAACUCUGGACAUAUGCUCUGUUCAUCCCUCUUUUAUACGAGCGGGUUUGCAUAUGCCUAUGCCCUACUUGCGUCGGAUUAUUCUCAAGUUCCCGUCAGUUCUUACGCGAACUCCAUUCUUGGCACCAUUCUCAUCGGCUUGUUGGUGAUCUGCGUUGAAGCAUCGCUCCUCUUCCAAACCCAAGUUCUCUGUUCGACGUUUCGAAGCCUCUAUCGCUAUACUCUAUUAGGCGUUUCGAUGUUGCUGGUUCUUGUCACUGUUGGAUUUCGCCUGGCACAAACGGUUGAGAAUUGCAAGGUGACAAUCGGAUUAAAGUCGUUCGAGACUUUCAUAUGGCUUCAAAGCGCAACCAACAUCUUGACCACAACGAGCAUCUGCUAUUUUAGUGCAAUUUUUGUUGCAAAGCUUGGGUUCGCUAUCAACACUCGUCGAGAGUUGGGUUUGACUGGGUUUGGGGCAAUGCAGGUGAUCUUUAUUAUGUUUUGCCAAACUAUGACCGUGCCAGCCAUUUUCUCCAUUCUACAAUACUUUGUUGAGCCCGCAGAAAUGUCUCCGCUUUCCCUUACACUGGUAACCCUGUCGUUGCCUCUAUCGUCAAUGUGGGCAGCGCAAGCAGCGAAAAACGGCUUUGAAAACAAAGGCGCAUCCGACCCUCGUCCUCUUUUUGCUCGAGGCUUCUCUGAAGCGACACAUGGACUCGGAACUCAGCCAUCGAUGGCAGCGACCUUGGUUCCAAGUCGUACUCUCACUACGGAUCAAUUGGAUAAGCUCUACCCCGAACUUGAGGCUGGCGAGAUUCAUGUGGAACGUGACUUUACUAUCAGUAGUGACAAGAUGAAAUAG